CCCACUACUUGUCUGAUUCGGCUGUGCCGCAGGCUGGCCCUUCCAAUGCCGCCUGCAUGCGAAGCGAGCCGCACCCACCUAGUUCCUGUCCUCAACUUUGUUUACAUGGCCUCUCGACAUCGUCGACAAUGACCUACGAUGUUGCCCUCCUGCAACCACCCAAUUUCCAGCUUCGUUCCUUCUUGGUUCCAGAGUAUUCCCGUUAUGGACAGGUUAUUCGGUCACUAUGGAGGGCGCUGUCCCUCAAGUGCAAUGGAAAGUGUGUCGCGACUGCAACGUUGAGCAGCCGAUCAAUCAGUUUUUGGAUCGUCGUGGUAACGGCAGGAUUGUCAGAAAGUGCCUGGAUUGCAACAAGCAGAGGGCAUCAGUUACAAUUCCUGUUGGAUUUGGCAGGUGGUCAGAGAGGGCAGUUCAGGGGUGACUAAUGGCUUGGCACCAGGAUUCUCAGGAUCAGGAUCAGGAACAGGCAGGGAACUUCUGGAAGAACACAGACAGGAACAUCAUCAUCAAUUGAGUGGUUGCCCAUCUUUUCGGUAC